AUGCACCUCAACCAUUACCGAGAUCGAUUUUGGCAGGGACUACAGCUAGAGUCCCUGCUGGCCACUGUAAAUUUGGACCUGGAAUCGCUGGUAGUGCUAGAGGAGUGGGACGUUAUAUUUUCUCUUAACAUUGACCCAUGGGACGCGCCUCUCAUUUACAAAUAUGCCGAAGACGUCGCAGACGUCCUCCGGCAAAAUGAAGUGAAGAUGGUAGUACUGAACGCAUGUAGGUCGGCAAAUGCUGGACCGUAUCUCAAUGCAAACAUCGCGUGGACAUUUGUCAGAAAAGGCAUCUCCGAGGUAGUUGCUAGUUCCUUUGACUUACACAGAGACGCGGCAAAGAUCUUCAUGAGUCACUUCUAUCAUGAGAUUCUCGUUAAGGGCCUUGGCUUCACCGUGUCGGCGGCCGAGGCCCGUCGUCGUCUUCGUACAUCGCGCACGUGA